AUGAAGCACCCCGUGCUUUCCAAUCAGCUCCACCACGCCACUCCUGGCCUCGGCAUCGCUCUCGUUACAUUCAGCGAAACCCGAGAUAGGGAGAGGGCAAGAGACACAUGGCGAAGAUCCAACGGUCGCCGGAAGAAUUUCAUAGCUGUCGAGGCGGAGUUGGCGGCAGCCAAAAAGGCGUCUACAAAUAAGGAGAGUGGAAAAUCCUCUGUUCUUUUGGAUGUCAAGCCUUGGGACGAUGAGACUGACAUGAAGAAGCUCGAUGAGGCUGUUCGGAGUGUCGAGAUGGAGGGUCUCUUCUGGGGCGCAUCGAAAUUGGUUUCCGUUGGUUACGGGAUCAAGAAGUUGCAGAUCAUGCUCACCAUUGUCGAUGACCUUGUUUCCGUCGAUGACCUCAUCGAAGACCAGCUUACCGUUGAACCCCCGCAUCGAAACCAACACCGCCUGUGACAACAUCCAGACAAAACUCAUCCACCUCCAUU